GCUGGGACCGGGGGGCGCCGAGUUUGACUAGUUUGGGGGGGGGGGUCCCCCGCCGGCCGCCGUGCCCCGGGGAGCGGCGUCACCGGGUGGCGAGCGCGUCUCGGAGGCCCCACCGCCGCGGCUGGGCGGUGCUGCGAGGAAAGUUGGAGGCUAAGGGGCCGCGGAGGGGCGGCGGGCGCGGCCAUGGAGCCCCGCGGCGCAGAGUACUUCAGCUCCCAAGUGCUGCAGAAGGACGUGAGCGGCCGGCUGCAGGCGGGCGAGGAGCUGCUGCUCUCCCUCGGCGCGCCCGGCGCCAUCCCAGACCUGGAGGACGACCCGAGUCGCCUGGCCAAGACCGUGGACGCACUCACCGGCUGGGUGGGCUCGAGCAACUACCGGGUAUCAUUAUUAGGAUUGGAGAUUUUAAGUGCCUUUGUGGAUAGAUUGUCGACCCGAUUUAAAUCUUAUGUACCAAUGGUUACCACAGCUUUAAUAGACAGAAUGGGAGAUGCCAAAGACAAAAUUCGAGACGAAGCUCAGAACUUGACGCUGAAGCUGAUGGAUGAGGUGGCACCACCUAUGUACAUCUGGGAGCAGCUGGCCUCUGGUUUCAAGCACAAGAACUUUCGAUCUCGAGAGGGUGUGUGUCUAUGUCUGAUUGAAACCUUGAACAUCUUUGGAACUCAACCACUGGUCAUCAGCAAGUUGGUGCCACAUUUGUGUAUCUUAUUUGGAGAUUCAAAUAGUCAGGUGAGAAAUGCUGCAAUAUCGGCUAUAGUGGAGAUUUAUAGACAUGUAGGAGAGAAACUGAGGUUUGAUCUGUGUAAGAGAGAUAUCCCCCCUGCUAGAUUAGAAAUGAUACUUGCCAAAUUUGAUGAAGUACAAAAUUCGGGCGGUAUGAUUUUGAGUGUCUGCAAAGAUAAAAGCUUUGAUGAUGAGGAAUCAGUGGAUGGAAACAGGCCAUCAUCAGCUGCUUCAGCCUUCAAGGUUCCUGCACCUAAAACAUCUGGAAAUCCUGUCAACAGUGGGAGAAAGCCUGGUUCAGCAGGUGGCCCUAAGGUUGGAGGUGCUUCUAAAGAAGGCGGGGCUGGAGCGGUUGAUGAGGAUGACUUUAUAAAAGCUUUUACAGAUGUCCCUUCUGUUCAGAUCUAUUCCAGUCGAGAACUUGAAGAAACGUUAAAUAAGAUCAGGGAAAUUUUGUCAGAUGACAAACAUGACUGGGACCAGCGUGCCAACGCACUUAAGAAAAUCAGAUCACUGCUUGUUGCUGGGGCUGCACAGUAUGAUUGCUUUUUCCAGCAUUUGCGUUUGUUGGAUGGAGCACUUAAGCUGUCUGCUAAGGAUCUCAGAUCCCAGGUGGUCAGAGAAGCUUGCAUCACUGUUGCCCACCUUUCAACGGUUUUGGGAAACAAGUUUGAUCACGGCGCCGAAGCCAUUGUACCUACACUUUUUAAUCUUGUUCCCAAUAGUGCAAAAGUCAUGGCAACUUCUGGAUGUGCAGCAAUCAGAUUUAUUAUUCGGCAUACCCAUGUCCCUAGACUUAUACCUUUAAUAACAAGCAACUGCACAUCAAAAUCAGUUCCUGUGAGGAGGCGUUCCUUUGAAUUUUUAGAUCUGUUGCUGCAAGAGUGGCAGACUCAUUCACUGGAAAGACAUGCAGCUGUCUUGGUUGAAACUAUUAAGAAGGGAAUUCAUGAUGCUGAUGCUGAGGCCAGAGUGGAGGCAAGAAAGACAUACAUGGGUCUUAGAAACCACUUUCCUGGUGAAGCUGAAACGUUAUAUAAUUCCCUUGAGCCGUCGUAUCAGAAAAGUCUUCAAACUUACCUAAAGAGUUCUGGCAGUGUAGCAUCUCUCCCACAGUCAGACAGGUCCUCAUCUAGCUCACAAGAAAGUCUCAAUCGUCCUUUUUCUUCUAAAUGGUCUACAGCGAAUCCAUCAACUGUGGCUGGAAGAGUAUCGGUGGGAGGCAGCAAAGCCAGCUCCCUUCCAGGAAGCCUGCAGCGUUCUCGAAGUGACAUAGAUGUGAACGCCGCAGCUGGUGCCAAAGCGCAUCAUGCCGCUGGACAAGCUGUACGAAGUGGGCGCUUAGGCGCAGGUGCCCUGAAUCCAGGUUCCUAUGCGUCACUUGGUCGGGUGAGAGCCAAGCUUUCUGCACCACUUGCUGCUGUGGGGAAUGCCAAGACUGAUUCUAGAGGAAGAAGCCGGACAAAAAUGGUGUCUCAGUCCCAGCCUGGCAGCCGUUCUGGGUCUCCAGGAAGAGUUCUAACCACAACAGCCCUCUCUACUGUGAGCUCUGGUGCUCAACGAGUCCUGGUCAGUUCAGCUUCAGCACAGAAGAGAAGCAAGAUACCAAGGAGCCAGGGCUGCAGCCGAGAGGCCAGCCCCUCUAGGCUUUCAGUGGCCCGGAGCAGUCGUAUUCCUCGACCCAGUGUGAGUCAAGGCUGUAGCCGGGAAGCAAGUCGAGAGAGCAGCAGGGACACGAGCCCAGUCCGCUCUUUCCAGCCUCUUGGUCCAGGAUAUGGGAUCAGCCAGUCAAGCCGAUUGUCAUCCUCCGUCAGUGCCAUGCGAGUCCUGAACACAGGCUCCGACGUGGAGGAAGCGGUCGCUGAUGCCUUGAAAAAACCUGCUCGAAGAAGAUAUGAGUCAUAUGGAAUGCACUCAGAUGAUGAUGCCAACAGCGAUGCUUCUAGCGCGUGUUCAGAACGCUCCUAUAGUUCUCGAAAUGGUAGUAUUCCUACCUACAUGAGACAGACAGAAGACGUGGCAGAAGUCCUCAACAGAUGUGCUAGCUCCAAUUGGUCAGAAAGGAAAGAAGGCCUCCUGGGUCUGCAGAACUUGUUAAAAAACCAGAGAACGCUAAGUCGAGUUGAACUGAAAAGAUUAUGUGAAAUUUUCACAAGAAUGUUUGCUGAUCCUCAUGGCAAGGUGUUCAGCAUGUUCUUGGAGACUCUAGUAGAUUUCAUACAAGUCCACAAAGAUGAUCUUCAAGAUUGGUUGUUUGUACUGCUGACACAGCUGCUGAAAAAAAUGGGUGCUGAUUUGCUUGGGUCUGUUCAGGCAAAAGUUCAGAAAGCCCUUGAUGUUACAAGAGAAUCCUUUCCAAAUGAUCUUCAAUUUAAUAUCCUAAUGAGAUUUACGGUUGACCAGACCCAAACACCAAGCUUGAAGACAGUCAAGCCAGCACUCCGGGACCAGCUUCACUGUUUUUGGAGCUCAAAGGUGAAGGUUGCUAUCCUUAAGUACAUAGAAACUCUGGCCAAGCAGAUGGAUCCAGGAGAUUUUAUAAAUUCCAGUGAGACUCGCCUGGCAGUGUCUCGGGUCAUCACUUGGACGACAGAGCCCAAAAGUUCUGAUGUUCGUAAGGCAGCACAGUCAGUGCUGAUUUCUUUAUUUGAACUCAAUACCCCGGAGUUCACAAUGUUACUAGGAGCUUUACCAAAAACUUUCCAAGAUGGUGCUACUAAACUUCUUCACAACCACCUUCGAAACACUAGCAAUGGGACCCAGAGUUCCAUGGGAAGUCCUUUGACAAGACCAACACCUCGAUCACCAGCCAACUGGUCCAGUCCUCUUACUUCUCCUACCAACACAUCACAGACUACAUUAUCUCCAAGUGCAUUUGAUUACGACACAGAAAACAUGAAUUCUGAAGACAUUUACAGCUCCCUUAGAGGUGUCACUGAGGCAAUUCAGAAUUUCAGCUUCAGAAGCCAAGAAGAUAUGAGCGAACCACUGAAGAGGGACCCUAAAAAAGAGGAUGGUGACUCAAUGUGUGGCCCUGGAAUGUCAGAUCCACGAGCAGGAGGGGAUGCCACUGACUCCAGCCAGACAGCUCUUGAUAAUAAAGCAUCUUUGCUCCAUUCAAUGCCAGUUCACCCCUCUUCACGCUCUCGUGACUAUAAUCCAUAUAACUACUCAGAUAGCAUCAGUCCCUUCAACAAGUCUGCCCUCAAGGAAGCCAUGUUUGAUGAUGACGCUGACCAGUUUCCUGACGAUCUUUCCUUAGACCAUUCUGACCUAGUUGCAGAGCUGUUGAAGGAGCUGUCUAACCAUAAUGAACGUAUAGAAGAAAGAAAAAUUGCCCUCUAUGAACUCAUGAAGCUAACGCAGGAAGAAUCUUUCAGUGUUUGGGAUGAACACUUCAAAACAAUAUUACUGUUAUUGCUUGAGACUCUUGGGGAUAAAGAGCCAACAAUCAGGGCUUUGGCAUUAAAAGUUUUAAAAGAAAUCUUAAGGCAUCAACCAGCAAGAUUCAAAAACUAUGCAGAGCUGACCGUCAUGAAAACAUUGGAAGCACACAAAGACCCUCAUAAAGAGGUGGUGAGGUCUGCUGAGGAAGCUGCCUCCGUGUUGGCUACUUCAAUUAGUCCAGAGCAGUGCAUCAAAGUGCUUUGUCCAAUCAUACAAACUGCUGACUACCCAAUUAAUCUGGCUGCAAUCAAAAUGCAAACAAAAGUGAUAGAGAGAGUAUCCAAGGACACCCUUAACAUGCUCUUACCAGAGAUCAUGCCGGGUCUAAUACAGGGUUACGAUAACUCAGAAAGCAGUGUCCGGAAAGCUUGUGUCUUCUGCCUGGUAGCUGUUCAUGCGGUGAUUGGUGAUGAACUAAAGCCACAUCUCAGUCAACUCACCGGCAGUAAAAUGAAGCUGCUGAACCUUUACAUCAAACGUGCACAGACGGGCUCUGCAGGAGCUGAUCCCACUACUGAUGUUUCUGGACAAAGUUAGUGCUGCAGGUGGAGCCUCCCAGGUCUCUGAAGAGACAGCUGCCCUCCCUCCUCCAGGACAGGAAACUCUCAAGUACAGCUUUUGGGACAGAGCUACUGUUUCCCAGUUCUAGCUUUUUGUUUUGUUCCGUUCUGUAUUUUCUGUAACAGAGGGUGUCCUCAGUCUGCAUGUAACUUUACGAUAAUUAUUCCAAAUUCAGGAAAAGCAGUAUUAACAUCAGUUGAUCAGUACAAAGUAAUUUUUUAAUCUAAUUCACCAUUUCACAUGUUUGUACUUCUUUGUCUUCCCACUAACCUUUGCCAGUGUUAUGAUUGUAUACAUUUUUAAAAUGCUGGUGAAACAGGAAUGCUUCAGGCUUUAAAAGUUUAACAGUCUAAAUUUUUUUUUUUGCUUUUAUUCAACUGCAGAAGAAUAUUUUUAUUGCUACCUUGAGUUUCGUUCCGUAUCAUGUCCUAUGCUAGAAAUACUGACAAUGACGUGAGACAAAGCAGGGCUACUUGGGACUCAGCCAGACUCAGUUGAUGUGGCGGUGGUACGUGUCAUUAGCUGCGACUUCUUUGGGAUGACCUCAAAGAGAAAUGUCCUAGAAUCAGCCAGUUCUGUAAGACUGAGCGUGUCUGUGGGUUCUUGAUCUCGACACCUUUAUGUAAAGCUGUGCCCCUUCUCUGACCCCGUAAGAAAGCUGCACCAAAUCACCUGCCUCGGUUUCCAUGGGAAUAGGAAAAUGGAUGGUUUUGUUGCAGAGCUUUUUGGUUUAUCUUUGUUGUGAAUGAUGCUUUUGUUGUAUUUAUUAAUAUCAGAUUCACUUAUGAAUAGACUUGAUAAUGGAAACAGAUGAAAAAAUCAAGUGCAUGUGUGUCUUUGACUGUCCUCUGUUUCUCAAUUGAUAAACUAAUUAUUGACAUGGGAGUCGACCAGCACCUUUUUGUUGAAUGAUGGAACCUGGUUUCCUUUGACCAUGAAAUUGUCCUAUGAAAACACUGAUCCUGAAGAGAGAAGAUGGUGCCGAGGCUCUUGUACAAUGGGCUCCCAUUUUCUACCUCUUCAGGGCUGACAUUUUAACUGACCCGCUGCCUGGAGUGUCUUGGAAAACUACUUUAAGGUGAUGUUUUGUUACUUUUUGACAUUUUUUUAAUCACCUCUGCUAAAGCUAUUAUUUUUAUGUGCAGCCAACUUUCAAAUAUUACCAGUUUGGGUAAAAGACCAACUUAGGUAAUUUGGAACCAGGAUACUAUUGAUUUCUCAUCUUGACCUUUUUCUUUUCUUUCUUUUCUUUUUUUUCUUUUUUUUUUUUUUUUAAAUCCUAACAUAAGGUGAAUUUGACUGGAAAGCAAAUGGCUGUUAGGGAAGCAGUUUGCUAUUGUUACAGAGUUAUCUAUACUUUGUUCAGCUGAAAAAAAUGUAGAAAUGUAUGUAAAGAACUUAAGCCAAGAGAACUGGACGGAUGAUUGGUUGUAGGCUUUUCCCUCCCCUUGUUUUUGUUCUGUUCCAGCAGAAGAAAAAGAUGUUGCUCCAUAUCCUCCCCCUGUAACACUUUUGUUUUCUACUGUUCAUGACAUUGUGUAUUUAUAGUUCUAUGCUUACUGUUGUGCAUAUACUGGCAAUAAAACUGUACAUAACAUUACUUGAAAACCUUAACAA